UAAGGUCAACAAGAGAUGCGUUCGUUCUCGCUAUAAAGGGUUACAGUGAGCACGGCGAGUUAAUUAUUGUUGGGAACGACGGUCCGAUUUACAGUUUGUACAGUUCCGCAUGGCAGGGAUACUUCAUCACUAAAUAUGCCUUGGAGUGGCCAUUUAUGAUUCGUUUGAAUAUGUUGAUAGUUUUCAGAUACAUUUUAUUCGUUAAUCAUGUGAGCCAGAGUUACCUAGACUUGGGGAAAUAAUGUCAACCACACGGCCACCGAAUCAACCAGCAGGGUCUUCAACUUCGAGUCAACAAGUCGAGUCUCGACCAUCGUCUAACGAGAAAGAAUCGACAAAAACACCCACAAAACUGCCAAAAACUUUGAGCACGAGCGCCAGGAGACUACAAAGAGAAUUGGCAGAGAUCACAUUAGACCCACCACCUAAUUGCAGUGCGGGUCCUAAAGGAGAUAAUUUAUAUGAAUGGGCAUCAACGAUAUUGGGGCCGAAAGGAUCAGUAUAUGAAGGAGGGGUAUUUUUUCUGGAUAUUUUCUUUUCACAAGAUUAUCCCUUUAAACCACCAAAGGUAGUAUUUCGUACCCGAAUAUAUCACUGUAAUAUCAACAGUCAAGGUGUUAUUUGUUUGGAUAUAUUAAAAGACAAUUGGAGUCCAGCCUUAACAAUCUCUAAAGUUCUGUUAUCUGUGUGUUCUCUUCUGACAGACUGUAACCCGAAUGAUCCCCUAGUUGGGAGUAUCGCACAGCAAUAUUCUAGUAGCCGAGAAGAACAUGAUAGAAUAGCUCGUCAGUGGACCAAACGCUAUGCCACAUGAAAAGCAGAAUAUGCUAUUAAUUAUUUUUCUGCCCACAUGAUUUGCUGUUACUUUUGGCUAGUGAGAGUUUAUAAAACAUUGUAAAACUUAUAUGUUUACUCAAUUUUUAUGUGGUUGUACAUGAGCACUUGGUCAUAAAUACAUACAAUAAUAAUAAUAAUAAUAUACUGUAGUCACGCCCGUUUUUCAUCCACAAUUGCCUCUCGAUGCUCUAGAGGCUUAAGUUGACUUCAAAUUCGUACAGUAGUUUUAAGAUGAAGAAGCCUAUUGAGUCAUAGCCCUUGAUCCCUUCAAAAAUCCUCUAGAGACUAAAGAUAUUUUUCAAUUGACAGUGUUUAUAGUCAUGUGACGAAGAAGCCUGUUGACGUUCACUUAUUCCUGAUAAUUACAUAGGUAAGGCCUCUGAUAACUUGCAGAUGCUCCAGAAGCUAUAGUUAUUAUCCAACAAAUUUUAUGGACAUCUGUGGGCAUAUGUUUUGUUUCCUGCCAACCUAUCUUUGAUAUAGAUAUUGAAAGGAAGAACGAUUUUUAAUAAUAACUGGUUAUGGAAUGGUAUUAUGAUGUGAUCAUUUUGAAAUUUGUAUCGGUUGUUUAGCUCCAGAGUUAUUUCCCUUGUUGCAAUGUCUUGUUUACAUCUUAUGGUAUGGACGUAUGGUCCUUUUAAAAUUUUUGUUUUGGUUGGAUGACCUUGUUACUUAGCAACAUAUGGUUAAUAUGCUUCCCCCUACAGGUAGUUUUAAGAACUAUGAAAAUAAACAAAGCCACUUGCCAUUUGUCUGCUUAUCUAAAUAUUGGUAAAUAACUACCGGUAAUAUACUGAAGCAAUGCUAGGGACUGUGUUGCAAAGGGACAUGCUUUGCAAUGAAACAUGUCACACAGGUCCAAAAUGUCAACUAGUAUAAAUAAUGUACGCUUGGCACAUUAUCCGGACCAUUAUUUGAAAUAAUGGUACGCCAACAUCAAAGGAUGAGGUCACAUCUGUGUUUUAAAGAUGCAUAAUGAAAGAUUUAGAUACAGAGCUGGACGUUCUUGCUAUAAUAGUUCAAAAAUAGAUAAUGCAAAAUGAACAUAUUAAAAAUUUCAUUCAAAUUAUUUUAUUCUCAUUGAAGAUAAAAAUGUUUGUAGUUUUGACAAGUUGUGUGCAUUGAUUGUUUAUUAUCGUAACAACGAUACUUGUUUCAACACUUAGCCUUGCUUCUCCAUUUUUUAAUUAAAGAUACAUUAUGGGAGAUUCGAUAACAAGGUCUUUUAAUGUUAAUUAAUGUCUAAUUAAUAAUUUAGAUAACAUUUCAGGCCUAAAGAAAGACCUGCAAUAGACAGAUUUAGCUCUUGCAUAAUGUAUGUUUAAAUUAUCAAAUGGCUGAACUGUUCUAAUCUACUUAAAAUUGGAGCCAUCAAAUGGCCUAGAAAGUUGAUUAUUUUAGCUCUUACAUAAUGCAUCAUUAAUAAACACUCUUGAAAAAAUUCACAUCUUUAUUAGUAAAUAAUAGGGUAAAAAAAAAACCGGCAUCUCAAGAGAAAUGUUCAGUCAAGACGAAACAAAAUUAGUUUUGUAAUCUAAAUGAAAGAGA